UUGGACCAUCAAAGUCUAAUUGCAAUUAUUACUUUUACCACCCUGAUUUUCUCUGAUUACCUAACUUUUGACCCUUAAGCAAGUUAAGCUUACUAGUUUACAUGAUUUAAUCACUAAACUAACUUUUGAGUACCAAUUUGUUUGCUGCCAAAACUCUAGUGAUCAAUUCAAUAAUUAUUAUAGAGCUUUGAUUCGCCGGCUAGGCAAGAACAGAAGUCUAGUCCUUUCUUCUUCUUUCUUUCGUUCUUCCUCCCGAAGUCCGAAGCCAAUCGAUUAUCCCAUCAGUGAGUGAUAAAGUUUCGAUCUUUAAAUAUUUGAAAGCGGUGGGUUCUUCCCUCCAGGAGUCAAAACAUGCCCAGAUAGAGAUAUGACGAAUUUCUCGCUAAGAUCCGCCAUUGUACUCUUCUUCUUCUUCAUCUCAAUCUCUUCGCAAUCCAGAAGCACCUGUUCUUCCACUGCCCCGCUUCAGGGUCAUGAAGAAUCUGCUGUUGUAAGAACCCUUGAGGAAGAGAAAGCGCAUGCUCAUGAGGUGCAUUGUUCGAGAGAGCGGAGCAGGGCGGCGCGGAAAAUUAUCGAGCAGUACUUGAUCCCCUUUGUUGAGAAGGAAAAGCACCACAUUCCAAAGAAGUGCCCACUUCACCCUGAGAAUGACCUCUACCGUCUCCAAGAACAGAGCAAAACCCGUGAAGAUAUCAACCUAUGGCGAUGUGGGUACUGCAAAAAGACAUUCUAUGAAGAGAAAAAUCUCGACAAGCAUCUUGAUGAAUGGCACUUUGACACCUUAGAUACGAGUCCCGGCAGGUGCUUGGCAGAUUCAUGUGGUGCAUUACAUUGUGACCUCGUGAUGGAUUCACCACGCAAGACAAAGUGCAAUCCAGCAGCUGCAGCAAGGAAUAAGCAUGCUUGUGAGAGUCUGGCUGAUCGCUGCUUUCCAGUCCAGGACGGCCCCUCAGCUCGUCGUCUCAAUGAUCUGUUCUUACGGCAAUUUUGUGAUGCCCACACUUGCAAGGGAGGCCGGAAGCCCUUCUCAAGAGGAGGCAAGAAGAAGAGGAAUGUGCUCUAUAUAGUUGCUUCAGUCCUGGUUUUGUUUCUGCUAUUUCUCUUCUACCUCUUCUUGUACUUGUAUGAAAGGGGCAUGAAGAGAGGCGGCCAAGGGCUGAAGCGGAUUACCAAAAGUGGACAGAAGAAACAGAGUUGAUUAACUGUUGCAGGUGUUUUAUUGCUGGCUUUCUCAUUUACCUUCUAAAGUGAUACUCAUUGGCAUAGUUCAAAGAUAGAGAAUGUUCAUUCUCUAUAUCUUCUGUAGUGGAUGUCUACAUACAUGCAUGUGAGGUUCUGAUUAUAAAUUUUUACAAAGACA